CAUCGGACACUUUUUAAAAAAGUUAACUGGAUUUGCGUAGAAUUUUAGGAAAUACGUCAUAGUACACUGGAUAUUAUUUCGAUCGAAACUAUAAAUAAGGAAAUGUCAGAAUAUACAUUUGCAGAAAUGGUAAGAAUUGAAGAAAGUCUUCCAAAUAUGAAAUCAUUUACAGUCGUUACAAUUAUCAUACUAUUCCUGUCUAUUUGCAAUGGGAAAGAAAAUAUAUCACCUGCAUGUCCAAAGUAUCAAAAGACAAUUCCAUAUUUGGAUAUUGCUGUGGAAAUGAUAGAUAAAGCUAAGGAAGGUUUUGUUUCAAAUCUGAACAAUGAGUUGAAUCUGCGUGAUGCCAAGCCUGUGGAUUGCGAAGAGUUGCUAAAAUCAGGGACCAAUAAAAGUGGAGUUUAUGUUAUUUGGCCGCGAAAUCGAAUAAUACAGGAAAAACCUCUAGAUGUCUAUUGCGACAUGAUAACCGAUGGUGGAGGAUGGACAGUCAUUCAAAGGCGAAAAAAUUUUUCCAUGCCUAGAGACUACUUUUUCAGAGAAUGGUCAAGUUAUAAAACUGGAUUUGGCGAUAUGGAGAAGGAGUUUUGGCUGGGCAACGACAACAUUUUCGGUUUGACUAAUCAGCGACUGUAUUCUGUUCGUUUUGACCUGAAAGAUAUGGCUGGGGAAUCAAGAUAUGCACUCUAUGACAGAUUUUGGAUAGACGAUGAAGAUCACUUUUACACGCUCCACAUUGCAGAGUAUAGUGGAAAUGCAGGUGACUCCAUGAUAGAAGUACAUAAUAAUAUGAAAUUCUCAACGAAAGAUAAGGACAAUGACGUUCAUAAGGAAAAUUGCGCUCAAAUGUUCAAAGGUGGAUGGUGGUAUGGUGGUUGCCACCAUUCCAAUCUGAAUGGACUUAAUUUGCAAGGAAAACACGACAGCUAUGCAGAUGGUGUCAAUUGGAAAAGCUUCAGAGGACACAACGAAUCUUUAGAAUUUACAGAGAUUAAAAUAAGACCGAAAAAUUUCAUGGGAAAGCCAUCCCCAACAGAAGAUUACGAAACACCUAAAUAGCUAGUUUGUCAAAAGAAAUCUCAAUGAUGAGGCAAUGCAGAAGCUUCAAAUAGUUUUUUGUAAAUUUUGACCCAUUUCGCUUAAAAUAGCUCAAAUGAUGAAUACUUUGUGUAUAUGAUGAAUAAUCGAUUACAAAAUUUGUCCCGUUUCGGUUGUUCCUUCCGAAUUUAUUGCUUCGUUUAUAUCUAUUCUUCAGAAACGAAAACUCGCUAAAUUUCAAACACAAUUUCAAAACUGAUUUUCCAUUUAAAGGAAAAGAAAUUUCAAGAUAGGUUAAUGAAAAUAUCAAACAUGAUGGUGCAUGAUUUAAAUUAUUUAAGAAUUUUGCCUUACCUAUAUUACUCUGACGUUAUUUCAUAGUACAAUUUUUUAUCACUAGGGAAUUAAUCUAUAAAUUUUGUUUUCGAAAAAUUAUCGCACCGUUCUGUUAUGAAAGAUUUAAAAAUCGUUACUACUGAUUUAAAAAUGGAAGAAUAACCAAAGACUAAUAAGAGAAAUUAUUCUGAACAUAAGAUUGAUAAUUCGAUUUGUGUAUGUGUAGAAAGUUGUCACUGGGUGCUCAUAGCGUAACUUUUCAUUUUAAUCUAUUGAAAAUAGAAAAAAAGGUAUAAACAAUAUUUCGUUUAAGUAAUUAAUUAAACAGAUAAGUAACAAAAUAAUAAAUAAUAAAAGAAAACUAAUCUUAUGAAGAAAAAGCCUAUAGCUUUUCUUAAGGUAACUACGACAAAAUUGGCUGAUCUUGUCUGGAUCAAAAUAAAUGAAGUUAAUAUGCAGAUAUCACAUAUAAUGAAAGGCAAAUGAUUAAUUUUUUCAAGCGCAAUUUUAAUUUUUUUUAAAUUUAACUCGUUAAAAUACUUUUAAAUAUUUUUUAAAUGAUCACAAACUAAAUUAAUGAAAUUUUUUUAGUAAAAUUUUAACUUUGAGUAAGUUAGAAACUUACACGUUGUUUUACGCAUUAUAUUUGAAGCUUAUACGUUUCACAAAGCAAAAUAAACAUUUUGUCUUUCCUUUAUUUCUAGUCUGAGAGCUUGCGAUUGGAGAAUCCUCAGAGACUUUAAUUCGCGUCAUGGCAUUCACACGCUUGGUGUUUUAAUUUGAUGACAAAAGAAAGGAUAUCUAAGGUUACAAUUGAUUAUUAGUUGCUAACUAUAUUUGAUCUAAAUUCCUCUAUUACAAUGGCAUGUGAGAAAAUAAUUUCCAUUCUUACAAGAAAAAUGGCACAUAAAGUGACUAACUCAUAGUAUAAAAAUUAUAAAGUGUACCUCUGCAACUUUGGAAAGCAAUAAAAUAUUUAAAUAAAGCAUAAGUUAUGAAAUAAUGAUUUACGCUUUUUUAACAUUAAGCUGCUGACAAAUGAAGUUUCAAUCCUUUAGGUAAUACUUAAAAGUUUUUCUCCUGUUUUGUAAUUUUAUGUAUUGUUUUAUGCUUUAAAGUAUCGUUGUAUUAUGUCACAAAUAAAAUGGAACUGAAAUUUGCAACAAAUUUC